UGUCAGUCACGUCCGGUCACGUCCGUCACGUCAUUCUGCAAUGUUUGUGUUUAUGGGAAUUCGUUUAUUGUUUAAAAUGGCGUCUACUGGCUUUCGGGUCCGAAGGGACUAUUAUUUGGAACAAUUUUCCAUUCGUAACUAAAUUUAGCGUUUAUUUGCACACAGGAUGGACAAACUGAAGCUUGGGCCUGAUACUGAGAGGCAUUCCUCAUACAGCAUCAUUAGAGGGCCAGAGACUUCUGAACUGUUCACAUUCACUGAAGUUAAGCCUGGAUUGGCUGUGAUCAAGUUGGAGCCCAAUGGAGGGAUUGAUCUGGAUCCUGAUGGUGUCAUAGACCCAGAAGCUGACAAUGAGCUAGAUCCACUGGCCUUAAACACUGAAAGAGAUGGCUCUGUUGUUGACCAAGAUGACCUGCCAUGCCCUCUUGCUUUCCUGGCAGUGGAAGGCAAAGCUGAGGAUGGUACAUGGGAUGCUGCAGCAGCAACAGUGAAAGUAGAGUUGGAUGGCGAGACACAUUGUGAACAAUAUGGAGUUCAUCUCGAGGAGCUGAAUGGUGUUGGUAAAGAAGCUUGGAAGGCAUAUAUGCGAAUUCACACAAGAAGAAGGAGAUGUAAAUCCAGCAAAGUGGGACAAACCAGAAAAUACCAGCAGACCAAAACGGAGGAAGAACUAGAGAAGGAAAGAGAACGCAAUAGAUUGUACAUGAGAAGGCUUCGAGCCUCUCAGUCAUUAGAAGAAGUUGAAAGACGGCGAGAGAAAGGUAGAAUGUACAAGAGGUUAUCUGUGUUGCGCCGGACACCAGAAGAAGCUGCAAGGCAGAGAGAGCAGAAUAGACUAUAUAUGCAAAGACUUCGAGCAUCUCAAGCACCAGAAGAGGUUGAAAGACGACGAGAAAAGGGCAGGAUAUACAAGAGGUUAUCUUUAUUGAAUCAGACUCCAGAAAAAGCUGCAAGACAGAGAGAACAGAAUAAACUAUAUAUGCGAAGGCUUCGAGCAUCACACACACCUGAAGAAGUUGAAAGGCGGAAAGAAAGGAACAGGAUGUAUAAGCGGUUGUCCAUGCUACGAAGAACUCCUGAAGAAACAGCAAAGCAAAAGGAACAGAAUAGACUGUACAUGAGGCAGCUGCGUGCUAAUAAAGUGAAUGAGAAAACAGAAAAGAGCAGAACCCAGAGGCUGUCAUUAUCACAUUUGAACUCUGAAGUGGAAGAAAAUAGAUUCAGUGUGGGGCUUCUUGAAACAUCACAAACAGCUGAGAUACCUGAACAGGGCAAAUGCAUAAGAACUUUGGAACACCAAAAGCAAAGGUCAGGUUCUUCUGACACUAAAAUGAAUAAGGCACCACAACAAGAAAUUGUAUCCCCUGUGAUAGAAAUGAAUAAAUUAUUCAAGAUGAAGGGCACUGACAUGGAUGGAUAUCAUGCAUUUAAUAUUUGCCAUUUAAGACAGACAUCAGCCAUGGAGGAAGUCAAAAGAGAAUUUGACAGACAGAUGUGGCAGUGUAGUGGAUUCUGGGACUAUCUUGCUUUGUUGAAUAAAACACAACCAGACCAAAGUAAGUUACAUACAGCAGCACUUGAAACCUGUGAAGAUGAAUGCAGGAAGACAGAGAGAAGGAAUUAGGGAGACAAAGCUCAUUUGAAGAAGUUGAUAGUAGGGAAUGAAGGGGAAAUAACAGCUAGUGUUAAGAUUGAUAUCUAUCUAUAUGCUGUAUAUACUUGUAUGUGUGCUUAGAAAUAUUAUGGUCUGAGAUCCAUAAAUUCAUUAAUUCUAUUUAGAAUAAGGAAGAAUUGCUUGAUCAGUGGAAGAAGUCUGUUAUUGUACAAAUUUACAAGAAGGGUGAUAAAGCUGACUAAUAAUAAUUGUGGGAUAUCAUCACUGUUAUCAGCUCCAUACAAAAUUUUAUCCACAAUCAUCUCAAGGCUAAGUCUAUAUGUACACAGAAUUAUGAGGGUUCAUUAUUGUGGGUUUCAACAUAACAGAUCAUCUACUGAUCAGAUAUUUGCAUUUAUCAGAUACUGGAGAAACAAUGGGAGUACAGUGAGAUAGUACAUCAGCUAGUCAUGGGCUUCAAGAGCCUAUAAAUCAAUUAAGAAGAAAGUGUUGUACAGUAUUCUCAUAGAGUUUUGGGUACUCAUGAAACUAAUAGGUUGAUCACAAAGUAUUUAAAUGGAACCUAUAGUAAAGGUAAACAUUUGUCUUAUACAUUUCCUAUCCAUAAUGGUCUAAAACACGGAGAUACUUUAUUGCCAUUUCUUUUCAAUUUUCCUUUAGAAUAUGCCAUUAGGAAGGUGCAGAAAAACAGGUGGGACUGAAAUUAAAUGGGGCACAUCAGCUGCUGGUCUAUGCUGAUGAUGUUAAUCUAUUGGGAGGUAUCGUAGAUGCCAUGAAGAAAAACAUUAAUUGAAGCUACUAAUGAGGUUGGUCUAGAAGUAAACGUAGAGAAAUCUAAGUAUAUGUUGUUCUCUUAUUACCAGAAUGUGGGACAAACCCAAGACUUAAUGAUAGAUAACAGUUCCUUUGAAAAUAUUGCGACAGUAACAAUUCAGAAUUUGAUUCAGGAGGAAAUUAAGAGGGGACUCAAUUCGGUUAAUGCUUGCUUCCAUUAAGU